AUGGAGGAUGCACACGGGAGAAGGCGCAAAACGCAGCACUUGUCUAACUCCGCUUUCAACACUAUUGGGAGUGGAACUCACAUUGCAGAAGGCUACUUGACUGUCAACAUUGAGCCUCUCCCACCCGUGGUGGCUGGUGAUGCCGUGACCUUGAAGUGUAACUUCAAGACAGAUGGUCGCAUGCGUGAAAUCGUGUGGUACCGGGUGAUGGAUGGCGGCACCAUCAAGCAGAAGAUCUUUACCUUCGACGCCAUGUUCUCCACCAACUACUCGCACAUGGAAAACUACCGCAAGAGGGAGGACCUGGUGUAUCAGUCCACCGUGAGGCUGCCUGAGGUCCGCGUCUCGGACAACGGUCCCUACGAGUGCCACGUGGGCAUCUACGACCGCGCCACGAGGGAGAAGGUGGUCCUGGCUUCGGGCAACAUCUUCCUCAACGUCAUGGCUCCUCCUACCUCCAUCGAAGUGGUGACUGCGGACGCGCCAGCCCCGUUCAACCGCUACCAGGCCCAGAACUUCACGCUGGUCUGCAUCGUGUCCGGAGGGAAACCAGCGCCCAUGGUUUAUUUCAAAAGAGAUGGGGAAGCCAUCGACGCGGUGCCGCUGGCAGAGCCGCCGGCGGGCUCUGGCCCCCUCCAGGACAGCAGGCCCUUCCGCAGCCUCCUGCACCGAGACCUGGAUGACACCAAGGUGCAGAGGUCACUGUCCCUGAUGGACACUGAGAACCGGGGUGGGCGUCCCUCCACGGAGCGCCCCUCCCUCGGCCUGACCCCAGACCCCAGCAUCCUCCUCCAGCCGACCACCGAGAACAUCCCCGAGACGGUGGUGAGCCGCGAGUUCCCCCGCUGGGUCCACAGCUCUGAGCCCGUCUACUUCCUGCGCCACAGCCACACCCCGGGCAGCGACGGCACCGUGGAGGUGCGAGCCCUGCUCACCUGGACACUCAACCCGCAGAUCGACAACGAAGCCCUCUUCAGCUGCGAGGUCAAGCACCCCGCGCUGUCGAUGCCCAUGCAGGCAGAGGUCACGCUGGUUGCCCCUAAAGGACCCAAAAUCGUGAUGACACCCAGCAGAGCCCGGGUCGGGGACACAGUGAGGAUUCUGGUCCAUGGAUUCCAGAACGAGGUCUUCCCAGAGCCCCUGUUCACAUGGACGCGGGUCGGGAGCCGCCUCCUGGACGGCAGCACCGAGUUCGACGGGAGGGAGCUGGUGCUGGAGCGGGUUCCUGCCGAGCUCAACGGCUCCAUGUACCGCUGCACAGCCCAGAACCCGCUGGGCUCCACCGACACGCACAUCCGGCUCAUCGUGUUCGAAAACCCAAAUAUUCCAAGAGGAAUGGAGGACUCCAAUGGUUCCGCCUCUGGCCCUGCUGGUGUCCGGCUCACCCUGGUGCUCGCCCUGACAGUGGUCCUGGAGCUGACGUGAAGGCUCGGCCCGGCUCCCGCCACUCCACCCGGCACGGACGCCUCUGCGAUCGCUUUUCAUUUCUUUUCUAAACUAUUUCCAGUCUUGUUCUUAGUCUCUUUCUGUCUGUGUCUUGGCUUCUUCAGUCGGUUUGAUUAAAACAAACAGAACGAUUUUCCCCA